AAAAGAAAGAAAACCAACCAAAAAGACAAUAGAAAAUGUUCCUAUGAUAGUAUGCAUAUUCAGUAGGCAAAAUUAGGAAACCUCACAUACCACCCACACACUUAUACACAUUUCCUCUUACUCUUCUUUAGUCCCUAAGUUUAACUUGAUAAGAGUUUAAUUUAUAGUAAAGCUUUAAUCAUGAACAGCUCAGGUACUUACAGAGAUGAUGAAGUCUUCAAAAGCAGUGGAACUCUGACUUUUUCAGAUAAGAUGAUGUUUACAUCACCCACAAUCACAUCGUUUGAGAUAAAUGAGCCAAAACGCCACAAAAAAACUUCCAGCUGCUGUAUUUGGACUGUGCUUAUAAUGUACCUGACUGUGCUCACCACAGGCCUUGGACUGUUGACCUAUGAAGUCUAUAAGCUUCGCAAGGAUUUGGAUAACAUGAAAGAAGGCCCACCUUUAAAAGGAAAACUAAAGAGUCAUUUUGCCAAUGACACUGUGCAGAAGGAGAACAUUUUUGGAACAAACUCACAGAGAAGGGAAGAAAAUUGGAUCAGAAGUUUAAAGGAGGAAAUCCAGAUAAUCAAGUUGAGCAACCAACAUUUACAUUGGAAAAUGGCCAAUGUUACAGACCAGCUUGAAAGCAAUAACAUUCGAGGACUUCCAGGACUUCCAGGUUCCAAAGGAGAAAGAGGAAUUCCAGGAAUGAAAGGAGAUCAGGGCAAUAAAGGAGACAGGGGUGAAAAAGGAGACACUGGUUUAAGAGGAAACAAAGGAGAACCAGGGUCUUCUGGUAUUGGAUUGCCUGGACCAAAAGGAGAACCGGGAAUUCCAGGGGCAAGAGGAUCUCCAGGAAUCCAAGGAGAGAAGGGUGAAGCAGGGAUCAUGGGACCCAAAGGAUCAAAAGGUUUAACUGGACCUGAGGGCGAAAGAGGAGCUAAAGGGGCUCUUGGACCUGCUGGGCCAAAAGGUGAAUCAGGAUUAAAAGGAGAUAUGGGAGAGAAGGGACUUCAAGGUUUCCGAGGGCCCCAAGGACAAGCUGGUGAAAAGGGAGCAAUAGGACCAAGAGGACCAGUUGGAGAUCCAGGACAGAAAGGAGAGCAGGGAGAACAAGGUCUCCAAGGUCUGAAAGGACUCCAAGGAUUUCCUGGACACCCAGGAGAGAAAGGUGUUCCUGGUAACAUGGGCCCACCAGGACAACCUGGACUGCAAGGUGCAAAAGGAGAGAAAGGUGCAGCAAGUAACCUUCCAGGGGUACCAGGACAAAAAGGUGACCAAGGGGAAAAAGGCAGCAAAGGUGAUCCAGGAAUACCAGGAGUUAAGGGUAUAAAAGGAAAUUCAGGAACUAAAGGCUCCCAAGGGAUACAGGGACCUAAAGGUGAAAAAGGGGCUCCAGCAAAAGGAUUCCAUCCCCUUCUCAGACUUAUUGGAGGAUACUAUCGUGGCCGAAUUGAGAUUCAGCACAAUGGAGAAUGGGGCACCAUAUGUGAUGAUGACUGGGACAUAAAUGAUGGAGCAGUGAUUUGUCGAAUGCUGGGAUUUCAGAGUGCAGUUAACACUUUCACUGCAGCUGCAGGAUCUGGAAAAAUCUGGUUGGAUAACGUGCGUUGUACAGGAAAUGAAGACACUAUUUUUUCAUGUAAUAAACAAGAAUGGGGUGAACACAACUGCGGUCAUAGUGAAGACGCUGGGGUGGAGUGUGCUUAACAGAAGACAAUUCUGCCCUGGAAUCUGUAAGACAAUGCUUUAAUGGUUACACAUUUACAGCACUAUCUCUAUGAGCUAAUUUAGCUAAUAGAUUGAUUUAUUUUUAAUUGCAAUAUACACAGUUCAAUUACCCUUUGCUUAUGAAGUCAGUUUUUUUUAUCAGAUGUGUGAAGAAUUAUGUCUCAUUUUUACACGUUAAGUUACCCUGUGAACACUUGUUUAGAAGUAUAGUACAAAUAAAUAGAGAGCAAAUCCCAUUCCUGUUAAUUUACAAGUGAUACUCAUUAAACUCAAUGAAUUCUACUUGUGUUUAAGUAUAUCUCAUAUGCAUAGCCUUCAAAUGUCAAAGACUUUUUUAAAAAGUCAAUAAUUUGAAAAUAUGUCCAGCUGGAUUUUAAAAUUCAAAUGUGUAAAAUGACUUUCCAGGGUAAAUUUAGUAUUGGGAAUUUAGUAUUUAUAUCAUGUGAAAUGUACCUUGUGGGUACAUUUUGAAGGCAAGUGUUUCCAUUGUCUUUCUUUCUUUCUUUUAUGAUUUGAGCAUGACUUUGGAUUGCCUAACUGGUUGAUGACAGUGCUAAAAGGACAUCUCAGGCAGAAGGGGAAAGGGCCACUAGCUCUUAAAUUAUUUCUCUAAAUUCCCAAUCUUCAAAAUAAUGAAAAGUAAUUCCUGCAAAAUAAACAAUAAAUUUUU